AUGUUGCUACUAGUUCUUUGCUUUUUGAUGAGCGCUCUCGCUGCACAAUGCAAGGGGCACCAGCACUCCAACUGCGCAACCGGCUGGUGCAGGGCGGUCCGUGGCGUCGAGGUCUGUAUGAGGUGCAAAGCGGGCCACGUGCUGAUCGACGGAGUGUGCGCUGAUAACUCUGUUGUCUACGGCGCGGGGUCCGCCUGCCAGAUUCUAAACUGCAAGCAGUGUAACGCGGACAACACGCAGUGCGAGCAGUGCGAGGACGGAUACACGCCGAGCGCCGGGAAUACCCAGUGCAACGAGGACGCCGCGUCCGCCUGCCAGAUUCUAAACUGCAAGCAGUGUAACGCGGACAACACGCAGUGCGAGCAGUGCGAGGACGGAUACACGCCGAGCGCCGGGAAUACCCAGUGCAACGAGGACGCCGCGUCCGCCUGCCAGAUUCUAAACUGCAAGCAGUGUAACGCGGACAACACGCAGUGCGAGCAGUGCGAGGACGGAUACACGCCGAGCGCCGGGAAUACCCAGUGCAACGAGGACGCCGCGUCCGCCUGCCAGAUUCUAAACUGCAAGCAGUGUAACGCGGACAACACGCAGUGCGAGCAGUGCGAGGACGGAUACACGCCGAGCGCCGGGAAUACCCAGUGCAACGAGGACGCCGCGUCCGCCUGCCAGAUUCUAAACUGCAAGCAGUGUAACGCGGACAACACGCAGUGCGAGCAGUGCGAGGACGGAUACACGCCGAGCGCCGGGAAUACCCAGUGCAACGAGGACGCCGCGUCCGCCUGCCAGAUUCUAAACUGCAAGCAGUGUAACGCGGACAACACGCAGUGCGAGCAGUGCGAGGACGGAUACACGCCGAGCGCCGGGAAUACCCAGUGCAACGAGGACGCCGCGUCCGCCUGCCAGAUUCUAAACUGCAAGCAGUGUAACGCGGACAACACGCAGUGCGAGCAGUGCGAGGACGGAUACACGCCGAGCGCCGGGAAUACCCAGUGCAACGAGGACGCCGCGUCCGCCUGCCAGAUUCUAAACUGCAAGCAGUGUAACGCGGACAACACGCAGUGCGAGCAGUGCGAGGACGGAUACACGCCGAGCGCCGGGAAUACCCAGUGCAACGAGGACGCCGCGUCCGCCUGCCAGAUUCUAAACUGCAAGCAGUGUAACGCGGACAACACGCAGUGCGAGCAGUGCGAGGACGGAUACACGCCGAGCGCCGGGAAUACCCAGUGCAACGAGGACGCCGCGUCCGCCUGCCAGAUUCUAAACUGCAAGCAGUGUAACGCGGACAACACGCAGUGCGAGCAGUGCGAGGACGGAUACACGCCGAGCGCCGGGAAUACCCAGUGCAACGAGGACGCCGCGUCCGCCUGCCAGAUUCUAAACUGCAAGCAGUGUAACGCGGACAACACGCAGUGCGAGCAGUGCGAGGACGGAUACACGCCGAGCGCCGGGAAUACCCAGUGCAACGAGGACGCCGCGUCCGCCUGCCAGAUUCUAAACUGCAAGCAGUGUAACGCGGACAACACGCAGUGCGAGCAGUGCGAGGACGGAUACACGCCGAGCGCCGGGAAUACCCAGUGCAACGAGGACGCCGCGUCCGCCUGCCAGAUUCUAAACUGCAAGCAGUGUAACGCGGACAACACGCAGUGCGAGCAGUGCGAGGACGGAUACACGCCGAGCGCCGGGAAUACCCAGUGCAACGAGGACGCCGCGUCCGCCUGCCAGAUUCUAAACUGCAAGCAGUGUAACGCGGACAACACGCAGUGCGAGCAGUGCGAGGACGGAUACACGCCGAGCGCCGGGAAUACCCAGUGCAACGAGAACCCAGAAGCGCGGUGCAAUACUCCCAACUGUAAGACCUGUGACAACCCCAAAACAGGCAAUGAAAUCUGCACUAAAUGUAAUGAUGGCGACUACCUCACCCCUACAAACCAGUGCGCACAUGACUGCACAGCCAUCAGCGGAUACUACGGAGAUACUGACAAGAAGUGUAAGCCAUGCAGCCCUGAGUGCGCUGAGUGCGUUGGGCCAGCCAACAAUCAGUGUAGUGCUUGUCCUGCAGGCAAGGCAUUAACAUAUGGAGGUGGUGAUCCUGCCCAAGGGGGCACCUGCGGGGAUGCGUGUACGGCGGACAAGAACGGAUGUAAGGUCUGUGGGGCAAGGAUCGGCGGGACAGACUACUGCUCCCAGUGCUCAGUGGGUACUCAGGCUCCUCUGAACGGGGUCUGUACGGCCAACGCGCGUGCUCAGUUCUGCACACAAGUUACCAGUGGAUCCUGCACGUCUUGUAGUGGGGGCUACUUCCUCAAGAAUGGUGGCUGUUACCAGGCAGAUAGACAGCCAGGCAAACAGAUAUGUACACUAGCUGAUAGCAAUGGUGGAUGUCAGGCGUGUGCCAAUGGUCUUCCUCCUAGUUCUUCUGACGUAUGCCCCUCGUGUCAUUUCACCUGCAAGACAUGCUCGACCGCAGACAUUGCAAAUACUUGUACAACGUGUGCAACUGGGUACUACAUGGUCGGAUCAGGGCCAAACACAUGUAUUUCGUGUGAAAGUGACAGUGGAAGUGUCAAGGGAGUUGCUGGCUGCAUGAGCUGCGCUCCUCCAUCUAGCAAUACUGGCUCCGUUCUCUGCUACCUCAUGAACGGUGACAGUGCCGGCGGGAGCACGAAUAAGAGCGGCCUUAGCACAGGUGCCAUCGCUGGCAUCUCUGUGGCUGUCAUCGUCGUCGUCGGGGGACUCGUCGGCUUCCUCUGCUGGUGGUUCAUCUGCAGGGGCAAAGCGUAG